GCUCUGGCGUUCGGGGUUGGUUGGGAUUGGGGGCGGAGCAGGAAGGACCCAAGUCCCCUCUGCAGCCAGGACCCGCCCCUCCGUUUGUCCGGCGCUCUCAGAACCUGGAGAGCAAGCUGGCAGAGGGAGACCUGCACGGUCUACAACAGCAGCAUGUCUGUGACUCUAGGUUACUGGGACAUCCGCGGGCUGGCUCACGGCAUCCGCCUGCUCCUGGAAUAUACAGACACCAGCUAUGUGGAGAAGAGAUACACCAUGGGGGACGCUCCUGAUUAUGAUCAAAGCCAAUGGCUGAACGAGAAGUUCAAGCUGGGACUUGACUUUCCCAAUCUGCCCUACCUAAUUGAUGGGACCCACAAGCUCACCCAGAGCAAUGCCAUCAUGCGCUACAUUGCCCGCAAGCACAACCUGUGUGGUGAGACAGAAGAGGAGAAGAUUCGUGUGGACAUUUUGGAGAACCAGCUUAUGGAUACCCGCAUGGAGCUGGCCAGGCUUUGCUACGACUCUGACUUUGAGAAACUGAAGCCAGAAUACUUGAACCGACUCCCUGAAAUGAUGAAGCUGUUCUCACAGUUCCUGGGAAAGCAGCCAUGGUUUGCAGGGGACAAGAUCACCUUUGUGGACUUCCUCGCUUAUGACACCAUUGAGAGGAACCAAGUAUUUGAGCCUACAUGCCUAGAUGCGUUCCCAAACCUGAAGAACUUCAUAUCCCGCUUUGAGGGUCUAGAGAAGAUUUCUGCUUACAUGAAGUCCAGCCGCUUCUUUCCAAGACCCGUGUUUAUGAAGACUGCAAAGUGGGGAAACAAAUAGGACCUUGACAGCCGGAAGAUGGCAGUGAGAAGCCAGUUUUCUUCUGCUGCCCAGUGCUCUGAGGGUCAGCCAGACCCCUGCAGCCCUCAUACUACUUUACAGUUAUUUCCCCCAAUUGAAAAAGCCCUGUAAACUCUCUUUUCUCUUGUGUCAUCCCUGGUCCAGCCAAGCCCUUUAAAGUGCUAGCUCUUCAUUUUCCUUUGGCAAAACCCUCUCCUAAUGCUACCACUAUGGUGUCUUGCACUAAAACCAGCCUGACCAUCCUACCCAUCAUUGUGUCUGCUUCAAGGAGGUUAGCCCGGACCCUCCUGGAGCUCAGCUCUGUGCUCCCCAGCACUGCUGAAGAGACCAGUGUAGCCUGGUGUACAGCCCUACACUGCCUAUGUGAUUCCAGUAAAAUCUGAACCACA